AUGAAGUUACUUGAAUCAGUUUUCAAUCAUUUGGUUCUACCACCCAAGCUUCCAGAACAUCAGGAUGUAGAACUGGAAAGUAUUGAGCAGGACAUUCUGCUUCGUCUUAUACAUGCCUGUGGUACCAUGUACAACUUCACUGACCAGCCUUUUGGGGAAACAUGGAAUUCUGUCUGCAAUUCUCUUCGCAUUUGUCUCAAUGUAAAUCGAAAUGGUCUUGAUAAAGCAUCGAUGCUACAAGAAUUCUGCAACCUCCAACGAAAUAUUCUUCUUAUCUUGUAUGUGGUGGAGCAAAAUGCAGCACUCCUUGUUCGACGCCAUGUUCAUGAGGACAAAGACACUGUGAUCUUUGAAGUUUUUGAGGCAUCGCCUUCUUCCAAACAUGUCCUCGCUACUGAGAAUGCACUACAAUGGGACUUUCCAGGUCGCGCUGUCGGCAUACCUUUCGAUGAAUUUCUCAAAGAGAGUUUCCAGGAUAGCCUUGCCUCAUUUCUUGAGCAGGCUAGUACAGAGUCAUUAAGUCGCUUUGUCGCGCGUUCUAAGAAAGCAGAAGUCUAUGUUGUCGAGGCUCGGGGUACAACUGACCCAGCUCUGAUUGUGCAGAUGCUGAUGCCCCUGCUCGAGGCUAUCGGAUCCUCUGUCGAAGUGCCUAGGCUAAGAAAGCGAGUGCGGGAUGAUGUCAAUUUUCAUAAUUCAGAGUUUCCGUGGAGAAGGCUGCCGUUCUGGCUCAUUCUCCGAGUCGCCAUUCAACGUCAGCUUUGUCUUGACUUAGGAACCAAGUAUGGACUAAUUUGCUACAAGUUUCUUAUUUGCAUUGUUCUCGCACAGCUUCUUGAAGACUCUGCUAUUCAGCUUUCACCAGAAAUGACUGUGAUACUCAGAGCCAAAUUGUGCCGCCGCCUUGCGAAGUUGGAAAUGGAUAAGGCUCGCGUUUACCGUGAUUCAGCCGUUCACAAACAUUUUUUCGACUCGAUCAAUAAGAUGUUGAAGAGAACUAUCAAGGACACUACAGAUAGGAUAGAGUCAGCCUGGGCAAACUUCAAGACAAAAAUCACCCGGUCUAUUCCGCUACUUCCAACUCACGCGGACGAGAAAGCUUUAAAUCUUACUCUCCCAAAUAGCAGGGGGUAUCUCUGCAAUCUUCUUGCUCUAGAAUCUAAUCAGCAGAGAAAGCCGACAUCUGUUCAUGUCUCUCUUUUGGAUGAUAGUUCUAUAAGAGAAUUCACAGAUUUUACUGACCGUUACUUCUCGUUGGUUCGAUUGGAGAAAAACACAGAGCAAGAAAGGAUAUCGUCAUAUCAUUCUGGAGGCGAUUCUGAAACUCGUUGUAUACAAUCAGCAAACUUGAUAUGCGAGAUGCUCAUCAAAGUUGGAGAUGCUUAUGAUUCUGAUCCAGAGCAAAUGAGCAUAUUCAUUCUGAAUCUGUUUGAGAAUUGGGUUCAGAUGGAUAGGUGUGCUUUGCGAGCCUGUCCCCUCCUCUGUGAAUAUGCUCCAGUAUUCAAUCCUGCCCUAUUGGAUGUUCUGCAGCUCCACAAAUUAUCAAGCAUGAUACGCCUUCAAGAUAUCCAAAGAUAUCUAUAUAGUAGACUCAACGACUGUCGAUUUUCUCACAAGACAAUUUUCAGCGAAUUUAGUGAAGAUUGCUUCGCGGCGCAAUUUGUAAAUCAAUCCAUCCCGUUAAGCAGACUACAGCAAAAAAUCGACGAAGAGUCACUCAAAGCUCGCACAAAGAAAGAACGUGAAUGGGAAAACAUUUGCGGAAGAUACGAAGAUCUUAGUCAGAAAAUUACCAGCACCAUCUGUGUUUGCACUAGAAAUGAUGAUGGAUCUCUUGAUGUUAAAGGUUGCAAAAAGUGCUGGCACCGGCGUUGUCGUAAAAAAAUGAGGAUUUCUAUCCAUGAGGACUUUUUGCCGAAAGGGAGCACGCAAAAAGCAGCAGUCGUACUAGACCUUGGGAUGCCCAAAUUCCUAGCGGUAUAUCGAAAUGCAACAUUCAGGAUAAUGAGCGAUCUAGGGUACCCGAGCAAGCCUCGUAACUCUUCACCACCAGCAAUGCUACUGAAAGACUACUCUCAGCUUCGGUACUUCAUGAAAUCAUCUCCGGAUGGUGUUUCACUUGCAUCAGAAAAGAAAUCUUUUCUUCAAACUCAUUUUCAGGCACUAAAAAUGAAAGUUAAACUCUCCGAUAUUAUUUUGCCAUUAGGGCUUAGUUUUUCUUACUAUGAUUCCAAAUCUGGCAUAUGGCUGAAAGAUCUCGAUAAACAGUUGACCCUUCAACAUCUCUGUGGAAUACAUAUUCCGCGAUCUCUACGAGCCUCAGUCAUCGAAUCUCCAGUACAUCCCGAUCCGAGUUUUGAUGGACCAUCAUCUUAUGAGAUCAUCGCUAGUCAAUCCAAGUGUCCCUCAGAUAUUUCAGUUCAUGAGUUCAUGAGCUAUCAAAAGUUGCUCUCUGGUAAGAAUCUUCGGUGGCUUACUAUGCUGGUUGAGCUGGGUGCCUCGAACCUAAACUGUAGUGCCGAGGAUACUAUGCUUAUCUUCAAUCAUCUCGCUGUACAAGCAGGGCCAUCAAAGAACCAAGUAGAUGUUCUCCGAGAUUGUCAUGUUGUAUUUAGGGAUUCAUCAUUUUGCCAGCGAUUGAUAGAGCAGAUAGAGAAUCGUCUUCACAAUAUAGCCACCAACUGGCGAGAGGUAUAUUGCAUGGAAAUGCUCAUCACAUUAAGCCUUCGAAUUUUUGAAUUGACAUCAGGUCAAGAUCGUCAGUCUGCAGAAAGGCUUUUGAAGAACGCGCGCAAGUCGACCCUACAAUGGAUCUGCCAUCUCCGCAAGGAGAUUAGGAACACAACUGAUGCAAAAACAGCAGAGACAGCGGCAAGAUAUGGAUUCUGGGCUGCUUUACUUUGUCGAAGAACUUUCAGCAUUUUCAUUGGCUCGGAUUCCAAGCUAAAUACAGAGGAUUUAUCGUCUUUUGUUCAAGGAUCGAUAGCUCUGCAAGAGAACCUUAUAGUUAAAAUCAUGAAGCUACCCAGGAUCUUGAAGAAUAUGCUAGUCAGGGAUAACAGAAUGGCACAUGAUAUACAGAAUCUUAUCCGCAUUUCUAUUGAAUCACAUCCCGAAAGCCUAGGUGCUGCAAUUGAUAAAGCAUGGUCUAAUUCUGGGGAAUUUCUGGGGAGGACAUACUCAACAUGGCAAUUUCCUUCUUUUCCGAACGAUAGAUGGGCCACUUCAGUAACUACUAGUACACCUAACAAGUUCAUAGCAUCCCAGAGAGUUCACUAUAAUUUUGUUGAGGGACAUCUGCUAUUUGAUGGAAAGCCACUAGGGAGACUGCCACUGGAUAUCAGAGAAUCAGAGGAUGUCAAGGAGCUUUUUGGAGACCAGCACCUUCUGACCUACCCCUCAAAUUUGGUAGGCAUGAGUCACGUCAUGAUCACUUCUGUAGAAAAAAAUCAAGUUCAUUUCGGUCAUCGCGGAGAGAACGUGAUUAUUCGAGCUAUCAACAAAGGCAACAUCCUAGAAUAUAUUCCUCGGCGUAUAUUCAUAAGCGGCGACAACUUUGACCUUCCCUCAAGUCUGACCGAGAAUUGCGUGCACUGGCUGAAUUUCCAUGAAAGACGUUUGGAAAUCCGACGAAAACCUUCAAUAUGGGUGACUAGGCCAAGUGACUGGAAUCUAAACGUAUCGAAUUUCCGGGCGCAACGAAAUCGGGUUAACUUGGUUGAUCCACAUUCAGAUCUUUUCAAGCGCGUAGCAGAAGUCUUUCGUCAUUUUGAGGAUCCCCGAAGGUUGACAGUAUUUCAGGCCAAACUAGGUUCCCUUUCAGUUGAAAUGCGACACCUUGAGCUGUCAUUUUUUGUCAACUCAAAAAACCUUCUUGAGUGUCGAGAGCUGCACGCAGAAAUUGACCCCGAUCAAGACGCGGGAACACUUUACGGUCUCCUGAGCAAAAUUGUGCUUCGAGAUAAUGUCAAUCAUGAGCGACGAAGUAUAAUUAUUCCAUUGGGACAGCUGACCUGCAGGCGUCGUGGUAUGCACGUUGAGGUUCAAGUGACUAGUACUACCGAAUAUGGCAGAUUCGAAAUCGACAGUGUUCUAGGACGGUUAACAUGUCCGUCUGAGCCACGCUUGUUCUACUCUAAAGCUCAAUUUCAUGCGUUUACCUCGUUUGUCCUACCUGAUCCUCUAACCGGGCGCACUGGCACUGAGGAAGCUUUAUACACACUCAGAUCGGGCUACUGCCAGCCUUGGCAGCCGCUGAAUGAUAGUCUUGCCUCUAUUUUAAAAGUCAUAGGCAGACUAAGCCCAAUUAGAGAGUAUUAUCCGAAGGACAAGAGGCAUUUGCAGAAAGUAAUUUGGGACCAGCAUUUAACUACUAACGUUCAGCACGAUAGCUUUGAGGGCCUUGUCCAAGAUAUACUGGCUAAAUCAGAUCAGCUCCGAUACUUUACCGCAGAUCAAGGUACGCCCAUCAAUUUUCAGACUGACUGCCCUUUGCAACUACGUAAGCGUGGUAAAAUCCAGCGCCUUCGUUACGAGCGCAGUGUUUCUUAUGUAGACACUUCUACAACCGAGGACAUGGUGUAUGACUCCAGAGAUCGGCAUGCCAAUUUGCAUCAAGCUACCAAUGUUUAUCAAAUCGCGAGACUUUUUCACAAGCAACAGUUUCGCGUCCAUUUGACAAGAAAGCUAGCAGAUGUUCUGAAAAAUUGGAAACUGAUCGGUGGAUUCCACCAUACCAAAUCAGAUUCACAAAACGUUUCAAGUUGCCUUAGCGAUCUGAUAGAGAACGAUAUCGGCGAGCAAUGGGGUAGCCUCACAAACUUUUGCCGACAGAAUGAUCCUCAAGAGCCGCAUAAAUUGUUAUUUCGAUUAAGUCUUCUAUCAUUUGGUACAAAGCCUGACAUAGAUGCGAUACAUUCCCUAGCCGCAUUUGGCUGUUUGAAUGAGUUGAAGGCUUUGCAGCCACCAAACAGCCCUUACUUUACUAGAUUCAAACCCUACAGCUCUCCAACACUUGAAAUGCUUUCAAGCUUUAUCGCAGAUGAUUAUCCUGUUACUGAACCAGUUGCUAGUAUGACUGAUAUGGAGAAAAAUUGUUUUCGCGAAAGACACGGUGCACUAUGCAAAGCUGAGGGGAAAAGAUUAGCUCUUUUUCUGUUAGAGCAGUGGCCUAGUGAAGUUUUAUCAGCAGAAGGAUUCCAAUCAAACUUGCUUGAUGUCAAACGAGUUGUUAAGAAAGUCCACCCCGAAUGGCAACGAUUAAUCCAGAACAUGCGUCUUUCGGAAUAUGUUACUCAAGCUCAAGAGAUUUUAGAUCGCCACAAAGCUGGGAAAAGUACCUCGACGCCACAUGUUUGGGAUAAGAAAUCAACCCCCUUAUCCAUGACUACUCAUGGCGUUGUUAUUCCAUCGCUGUCAGAUCUUCUAGCGAAACCCGCUCUCAUUCCUACGUCCCAUCUGCCUGAUAAACCUCGGAUUUUAUGUCCAUCUAUUAACUGCAAUGGGGUUUCUGGAAAGACUGCUUUAUGUAAGGAAAUUUUUGAGCUAGAUAGAAUCUUGGAUUGUUUUACCAAGUCCUCGGAUCUUCUGCGGAAGCAAUAUGGAAACGACUUGAAGAAGAGCCUUCUUGCUUUAAAGAACACUAAUGAGUUGCCGCAGCCUCAAUGGAAUCAGCCAGCUAUGAAUAUCACUAAGAAAGAUAUCGAAAAUUGUCACGUGAUUCUGAAUGAAGCAUUUGAGCGAAUUCAGAAUGCCCUCUCUGCCGAUGAUAUUCGUUUUCAAUGGCUUCGAUUAGGUGGUUUAUGGCCAUGCGUUACGCCGAUAACAAUUCUGGAACAACUUCGUUCAAGCUCUGAUAACCAUUUUGGAAGCAAUAUGAGAGAAACCCUAGUCACGUAUGGUGUUCUGAUCACAAGUUUGCAAAGACUACUCCGGAUAAUACAUGCUCAAUUGAAGGAUGAUUGCCAAAAGCUACGCCAGGAAUCACAAAAUUAUGGGCAUGAAAAUUGGAGUCCUUUACACUUCCCCGACUGGUUACUGCUUGAGAUUGACUCCAAUAUUCUUAUUCGCUGUGAACAAAUAGAUGUUGCACAUGCCAUCUUGUCCCCAGAAUCUAGGUCUAACUCUGUACUGCAAAUGAAUAUGGGGCAGGGAAAAACCUCAUGUAUCGUACCUAUGGCUAUAGCGAUUCUAGCCGAUAAGAAGCAACUAUCGCGUCUAGUUGUGCCAAAGGCGUUGCUUCUGCAGACUGCUCAAACGAUUCAGUCUAGGCUAGGGAGCUUAUUAGGGCGAGAAGUCAGAUAUAUUCCUUUCUCUCGCCGGACUUCAACCAGUUUGGACAUGCUCCAAUUAUAUUCUACACACCAUCACGAGAUGCUUCAAUUCUCAGGCGUCAUCCUAACUACUCCCGAGCAUAUAUUAUCGUACAAGCUUAGCGGACUCCAGCGUCUUGCCGACUCUCGAUUUGAUGAAGCAAGAGAGAUGAUAGGAUUCCAAUCAUGGUUAACUAGUGCAUGUCGCGACAUUCUCGAUGAAUCUGAUUUUACCUUAGCAGUCAAGACACAACUGAUAUAUCCAAGUGGUCCGCAGAUAUCUGUUGAUGGGCAUCCAAAUCGUUGGAAAGUUGCACAAUACCUGUUGUCUUUGGUUGAAGAUCAUUUCCCGUGUCUUCAACGCGAUUUUCCACGAAGUAUUGAGGUUACUGAGAGACCUGCUGGAUUUCCUAUAUUACACCUCCUUCGAGAAGACGUAGAAGAUGCUCUACACUACCGAAUAAUAAAUGACAUAUGUAACGGCCGGAUUCCUUUCCUUCGUUUGACCGGCUCAAGUAUUACUGUUGGUAAGAUUUGGAUUAGACAGUUGUUAUCGGAUCACGAUAUUGAUGAUGAAUUGAUCGAGAAAGUAUCGGCUUUGUUUAAGGACCAAUCUUCAGCUCGGAAGAAUAUACUUCUUGUUCGAGGUUUACUUUCGAACAGAAUUCUCUUGCUCUGCUUGAAGAAAAGAUGGAAUGUACAAUAUGGUCUACACCCUAAUAGAGAUCCCAUUGCAGUUCCUUUCGAUGCGAAAGGUGUUCCAUCCGAGCAAGCAGAGUUUGGUCAUCCCGAUGUCUCUAUCCUGUUCACUUGCUUGGCUUUCUAUUAUACAGGUCUAAACUUAUCUCAGUUUCAGCAAAGCUUGCAACUUGUUCUGAAGUCUGAUGAUCCAGCAGCAGAGUAUGAUAGGUGGAUUAGCAGUUCCUACAACCUGCCAGAAGUUUUAUCUCACUGGAAUGUUAUAAACAUCGACGAUCAAGGACAGCUAGAAGAGCUUUGGCGUCAUCUUAGGCUCAACAGGCACGUUCUUGAUCACUACAUGAACACAUUUGUGUUUCCUAAUCAUGCAAAGCAAUUUAGUAUAAAGUUGCAAGCCUCCGGGUGGGACAUACCCUUGUUCUCAAAGCCUCUGCCAGAAGAAACAAUCUGGUGCGCAAAGACGACUGGUUUUAGCGGCACAAACGAUAACAAAAUGAUGCUUCCACUAAGCAUCAAACAAGAUGAUCUACCUAGUUUAUGCCAGACCAAUGCGGAAGUGCUUGUUUAUAUUCUGCAGAGCCGGAAUCGGCAGUACAAGCUUGCAUCUCGGAAUGGUAGACGACUGAAAGAGGAAGAGUUGCUGAAAAAGAUCACAAAUUCGAAAAUUAAAGUUUUGAUCGAUGCUGGUGCAUAUAUCUUGGAGAUGGACAACAAAACUCUUGUUAAAAAAUGGCUGAAGAUACAUCCGGGACCUCAAGCGGCCGUCUAUUUUGGUGAUGACAACAGAGCCUGGGUUCAGUAUAGAGGAGUAAAAGAUGUAGUCCCUCUACUCGCAACUCCUUUUGCCGAGAACCUUGAAGAUUGCCUUGUGUACAUUGAUGAAGCACAUACUCGUGGGGUAGAUUUGAAAUUACCUCAACAAGCCCAUGGAGCAUUAACAUUGGGACUCGGUCAGACAAAAGAUCAUAUGGAAACACCAGCUGCGAUGAGAUUACGGCAACUAGGAACCACACAGGCUAUCACUUUCUUUGCUCCCCCUGAGGUACACCAAAGUAUUCUCGAUGUUUGCGCUAAACAGUAUGGGAAGAUGUCUCAAUCUCUUUGGGUUGAUUCCUCUCACGUUGUAUGGUGGCUUCUUGAACAGACCUGUCGUACAAAUCAGCAUUUGCAAAAUCUAUAUCUUGCACAAGGAACAGACUUCUGCCGUAGGACGGAUGCGCAAUGGAAUUAUACAGAUAUUUUCACUGACAAUACUCAACGAGACGCCUAUCUUCAAUCGAUUCAGAAUCCAGAGCAUCAAACCCUUGAGAAGCUAUAUGGAGAGGUGACGGACAUUCAACCAAGCUAUGUGACUGAUAUGGCGUCUACGAAGCUAGCAGGAUUUAUGAAAGAGCUCAAUAAGCAGAUGAUAACAACAGGCAAUACGAGAAACUACAUUCAUAGCUCUGUUUUAGAAGAGGUAGAGCAAGAGCGAGAAGUCGAAUUUCAGAUUGAGCAGGUACGCCAAGUGCAAAAACCAACGCACUACGAGGCUCUUACAUUUUCGGGUUUACACCCAGAUAUUCUUCUCUUCGUUAAGACUGGCAACCUCAUCCUUGGAUGUGGGUAUGAGCACAUAUUUGAUGCUCUAGCUCGGACAGAUAUCGGUCGAAAAUAUAAUGUUCGUCGGACAAAGUCAAAAUUAUACGUCUCUAUGGAAUUUAUGCGCACUAUUGAGGUUGGUAGUCAUAGAACGGAUGACAACUUUCUGCGUCCCGUUGAAUGGAUUCUGUGGAGCCCUUCGAAUGAGACGGCUCUCAUAGUCAUUUCCGAAGAAGUUGAGCUUUUGAUUCCGGUGAUUCGUAGAGCAAAAAAACCAAUGGUAUACCUGAUUGCAUACGCUGCUCCUAUCACAAAAAGUAUGCAACACUUCAACGGACUUUCUUACUAUGUUCUUCCUAGCUUACCGAAUGGCUGUAAAACACCAGAAUGGCUAUCCAUCGAGGUUGGAAUUUUCGCUGGUCGGCUUUACAUCAACUUCGCGGAGUAUGCUCUUCUAUCUGAUUACUUGCAGCUCGCACACGAGACAAAUUCAUAUUCUCUACUGAAUUUUGCUGGGGACGCAAAUAUUUUUACGAAGAAUCCUAUUGACUUCCUAUCGGAGUGGCUUACGCUUCGCCGCAAAGGGCAAGAGAUCAUGCACACGCCAAUGGGCUACAUUUGUCAAGCAAGAUCCCUGCAUGAGAGCCUUCCUUUCUUUGCAUCGCGAAGUGCAAGAAAUGAAGAGCUUGAAAAGCCUUCUGGAGAUGAUACUGAGAGUGAUGUGAAUGAGCUUGAUGACUAA